GGCCUCCUAGGGGAGGAAAGAAAACUCAGGACCUCGACCCUAAGUGAUAAAAAAUAUUAGCUUCGGUGUUUUCUUGCUCCCUGAGGGCCUCGUCAUGUCUAAACCAAAGAAUUGGCCAGAUGGCUUCCCGUAUCUCAAGGCGCCUCUUCGUGACAAGAGUCUCACGGCAACGCACAUACAAGCUCUUAGAAACAAACCCUCUGCCUCAAGUGGCAUUCCGAUCAUCCCAUCGCCGGCGACGACAACGCCGUGCAAUCUGGUCAAGAUCCAGCCUAUUUCUGAGCCGUCACACCCAGCAAAUGGCCAAAGUGGUCUCUUUGCAGCCCAGAAUCUGGCGCCUGGUAGCUUCAUCCUCGCGUAUCUCGGCCGGGUGCACUCAGGCUCAGCAUCGUCAACAGAGAGCGACUACGACUUAUGGCUGGACCGAGAGCUUGACGCAGCUGUUGAUGCAGCGAAUGAGGGGAACGAAGGGCGAUUCGUGAACGACUUUAGAGGCGUGGGAGAGAGGGCGAAUGCGGAGUUUAGGACGGUUUGGUGCGAGCGAUGGGGAGAGUUUUGCGUGGGAGUUUGGGUGCUCGGAGGUGGCAAGAAGAAUAAGAAGAAGGGAGUAGGGAUCAAGAAGGGGGAAGAGAUUCUUGUCAGCUACGGUAAAGGCUUUUGGGGAGAGAGGAAAGCGGAGGAAGAUGAGUAUGCCUAUUGUGAUGAGGGAGACAAUGGGGAGGGAGUUGGCAGUGAAGACGCAUCAUGAUGUGCACUUGGAGAUGGCGAUAGGUUCAGUGAUUGUAUGUGUUUUUGACGUUUUAUUACCAACGCGUUACUCAAUUCCCAUAAGCAGCCAUAGAAAUAAUCCUUGGAUCCUUGCUUCG